AUGGAGCCCAAACCCUCCCACACCUCCAACAUAAUGCCCGAAAAACACAACACCGUCCGCGCCCUCGUCGAAGCGGACCUGCUGGAUGAACGCUACACGCAAACCUCGCGCGGCCUGCGCAGCCGUCACGUGCAGAUGAUGGCCUUAGGCGGGACUAUUGGCACCGGUUUGUUUGUCGGAUCCGGUCAAUCGCUCGCAAUCGGCGGCCCUGCUUCGUUGUUGCUGGGAUACUUAUUCAUAUCCGUGCUGGUGUACUGCCUCGUCACCGCCAUAGCCGAGAUAGGCGCCUACAUGCCCGUUCACGGUGGCACGAUGAGUUACCACGGUUUCCGGUAUGUUAGCCGCAGUCUGGGAUUUGCGAUGGGGUAUCUGUAUUGGUACUCAAUCGGUAUUCUGGUCCCCUACGAGAUCACGGCUGCGUCGCUGGUAAUCAACUACUGGCAUCCCGGUGUGAAUGUCGCGGUCUGGAUAACGGUCAUGUUGGUCGUCAUUGUUGCGCUCAAUUUCUUGCCGGUUAAGUUUUAUGGUGAAUCCGAGUUUUGGUUUGCAAGUAUCAAGAUCCUCACGCUUGUCGGGUUGUUGAUGCUCAGUUUUAUACUUUUCUGGGGAGGCGGGCCGGAUCGCCAGCGGCUUGGGKUUCAUUAUUGGAUGGAUCCAGGGUCGUUUAAUGCGUAUAUUGUUCCUGGCGGCGCGGGCCGCUUUGUGGGAUUCUUGCAGUGCAUUGUUUCGAGUGCAAUUGCGUUUAUUUUUGCGCCUGAGUUGAUCAUUAUAUCCGGUGGGGAGAUGGAGUCGCCCAGACGGAAUGUGCCGCGUGCUGCGAGGCGGUACAUCUAUCGAUUGGUGUUUUUCUAUAUUCUUGCCGUUUUGGCUAUUGGGGUCAUCUGUCCGUCGAACGAUAGUCGGUUGACCAAUGGUGGUGCUGGCGCUGGCUCAUCUCCGUUUGUUGUUGGCAUCAAAAACGCGGGGAUUCCGAUCUUAGAUAGUCUCGUCAAUGCUGCAGUCCUGACAUCGGCCUGGUCCUCUGGCAAUUCGUUCUUGUACAUGUCUUCCAGAUCACUGUACGGACUGGCCAUGUCCGGCAAUGCACCUAGCGUCAUGAAGACCUGUAACCGAUGGGGCGUCCCCUGGAUUGCAGUGUCGUGUUCCGCAAUUUUCUCGCUGCUUGCGUACCUGUCCGUCGGCACAUCCAGCUCCGUUGUGUUCAAUUGGUUCAUCAACUUCACCAACACCUCCGGCUUCAUUUCCUGGAUAUGCUGCUGCAUCGUCUACUUCCGAUUCCGCAAAGCCGCCGAACUACAGGGCGUUGAGCGCCCGUACAAAUCCCGCCUGCAACCAUAUGGCGCAUACGUGGCGAUUGUCGGAUGCGUGUUCCUGACUCUGAUCAAUGGGUUUACUGUAUUCUUCCCGUCCAAGUGGUCUAUCAGUAGUUUCUUCACUGCUUAUAUCGGUAUCCCUGCUUUUUUGCUGCUUUAUUUUGGCCACCGUGCGGUGUUUUGGAGGGAUCCGUGGGCAUGGAGGCCAGAGGAGGUGGAUUUGCAGACUGGAUUGGAUGAGAUUCUUGCGGCGGAACGGCCUCCUCCGGUGCGGGACACAUGGUGGAAGAAGCUGAUGGUUGUGAUUGACUAG